UCCUUGGGAUCUGUAUUAACUGCUUAAAUAUGCGAAAAUCAAUCCAAAGAGGGGAUUUUGGAUGUCUGGCUGUCAAGUUCUUGCUCUUAUUUUUUGGAAAAUUAACUUGAAUCUAUGGCUUUUACUGCUUAGAUGGAAGCACAUGAUCCUCAUGCACCUCAUCAAGUUGUUGACAUAAGUGUAGAUAUCCCGAAGGGGGUAUCAAGCCAAACCGGGAGCAAGAUUUGUCGUGUCACGACUUGUGGCUUAUCAAGCACUGGAGCAAACGAAAAGGAUGCCCAAGAAAGACAAGCAUCAAUGAGAAAGCUACUAAUUGCGGUUGUCCUGUGCAUCAUCUUCAUGGCUGUUGAAGUUGUAGGAGGAAUCAAAGCAAACAGCCUUGCAAUUCUAACUGAUGCGGCCCAUCUCCUCUCUGAUGUUGCAGCUUUUGCCAUCUCCUUAUUCUCUCUAUGGGCAUCAGGAUGGGAAGCAAAUCCAAGACAAUCUUAUGGUUUCUUCAGAAUAGAGAUACUCGGUGCUCUUGUUUCCAUCCAGCUUAUAUGGCUCUUAGCUGGCAUACUAGUCUACGAGGCCAUUGCUAGACUAAUAAACAACACUGGUGAAGUCCAUGGAGUCUUGAUGUUCGCUGUUGCCACCUUUGGCUUGGUUGUUAACAUCAUCAUGGCCGUAUUAUUGGGUCAUGACCAUGGGCAUGGGCAUGGUGGGCAUAGCCAUGGCCAUAGUGACCAUGACCAUGAUCAUGACCAUUCUGGGCAUGACCAUGCUCAUGACCAUGGCCAUCAACAUGGGGAUCAUCACGAACCUUUGUUAGAUGCUCCGAAAAAGAAAAGAAACAUUAAUGUCCACAGUGCAUAUCUUCAUGUGCUUGGAGAUUCAAUUCAGAGCAUAGGGGUGAUGAUCGGAGGAGCAAUUAUAUGGUACAAGCCAGAAUGGAAAAUACUCGAUCUCAUAUGCACACUUCUAUUCUCUGUGAUUGUCCUCGUGACGACAAUCAACAUGCUGAGGAACAUUCUGGAAGUAUUGAUGGAGAGCACACCGAGGGAGAUUGAUGCGACGAGGCUCGAGAAGGGUUUGUGCGAGAUGGAAGGCGUGGUGGCGAUCCACGAGCUGCACAUAUGGGCCAUUACUGUCGGAAAGGUGCUGUUGGCUUGUCACGUGACAAUCACCCCCGAAGCCGAUGCUGAUCUCGUGCUUGAUAAGGUGAUAGGGUACAUCAACAGGGAGUAUAAUAUCAGCCAUGUCACUAUUCAGAUUGAGAGGCAGGAAGUUUGAUUUUGAUUUGGGGGAUGCUUCAAAAGAAAAGGUUGGUUGUCUUUAAAAUUGCCAAAUUCUGCAUCAUCUCAUUGCAAGGCCACAGCUUGUAGAUUCUUGUGUCCAGCUUUUUAGCUGGAGUCCAUCAAGUCGAAGGUAGAUAUAUCUGGGUAUAGCUGCCUCCUGAUCUUUAAUAUGCAGCUCUUAUGUGAAUUUGAGAUGCCUGUUUUUCUUUUUCUUUUUUUUUCUUUUUUUUGGGUUCAUUUUUCCGUCUUUAAGGAGCCGAGUGAUUCGGAGGUAAAAUCACCCAGUAUUUCAUGAGGACUGCAGUUUUCUUCUUCUUCAAUUGAGAUAGUUUUUGAUGUUGUUCUGUAGUUUCAAAGAUUUAAUGUGCAUAAUGUCUGUUAUUAAUCCUUA